AUGGCGCAGAUGUCUUUGAGCAUUGCCGACCUGGGCAACAUUUGCAUCCACCUGUCCAGCUUCCUGCAUAGUUCCGAGAUCGCCAGCUCCGAAGAAGCUGGGAUUUAUUCCAAGGAUGUCGCAAGAUUCUUAUGGUGCCAAGCCGCUAUGGCCCGUCUUGCACAUGUUCCCAUAUGGGGUCCUUCAGGGAAUUCCGUGAUCCAACAGCUGCUGGAUUCCGGUGUGCACGGCAAAGCCUUUCUACGAGAACUACGACUUCUGAGACAAGCUGUCUUUCCUCCGAAGUCUUGGUGCCCUGCAAUUCAAGAGACAUCUUUCAGCAGCCUGAAGGUGCUGCCAUACACGCAGGCGGAUACGGAGAGCCCGCAGCCCGAAGCUGUGGUACCAGUGGAGGCAGCUGCGGUGCCCUUGGCCACAGGCACCAGGCUUGGACAGCCACUUGCGGCGGGGAUGGAGCUGAAGGCCGCCGAGUCCGAGAGCUUGAAGGCCGAGGAUGUGAGCUCCGGCUUCUGCCUCGGGGUGGAGAUCUGCUCUGGCCACGCAGAUAGCCGCAGCAUGUCGGUGAUGUUUGCUCCUUUCGCUGGGCUUUGCUACAUGCAGUACGGCGGCGAAAGAUGUGUGAUGUGUGCGACAGUCCUCCCGCCGGUUGAGAGAACAGUCACCAAGCUUCGUGCUUGGGUUCGAGUCACUGAAGAGGGCGGCCUCUUCUUUUUGCGACAAGAUCCAGAGUCGGCAGAGAUCGAGGAGACGGGCCUUAUUCCCAAAGAAGCCCUUCCUUGUUGGAAAUCAGAGUUCUUCGCCUGUAUGUAUUUUUGGCGAGAUCAUCUGUUGACACCCAUCAUGUCAACCGUGAUCCAUUCCGAGAAGAUGCUUCCGGGCGACUUGCCGGAGCUGAAAGGAUCGCACAUCGAGCUUGAUACUACCUGGCACUUAACAGGAUGA